AUGUUCCCAAAGGAGUCUCAUCAAUAUAUUGGGAUUCUGCAACUCCUGCUUCAUUUCAGAUGGAUAUGGAUUGGGGUGUUAUAUCUUGAAGAUGACACUGGAGAGAUAUUUGUACAAAAUGUUCUUCCCCUGUUUGCCGAGAGAGGUAUUUGCAUUGCUUUUAAAGAAACAUUUUCUAAACUAGCAUUUUCCAGUGAGUUUUAUGAAACACUUGAGGAAUAUUCAGAAGUACUGGAUGUUAUUAUGGAAAGCACUGCCAAUGUUGUGGUUGUGAAUGGUGAAAUUCAUACCAUGAUGGUAAUGAGGGCAAUGGCCAGCCUUCAAGGAACAGAUGAUAUACCAAUGCAAUCCAAGACAAAGGUCUGGGUUAUGACAGCCCAGAUGGAUUUCGCUUCGUGUUCAUUUCUGAAAGAAUUGGACCUACACGUCUUCCAUGGAGCUCUAGCCUUUGCAGUUCACUCAAAGGAGAUUCUUGGAUUCCAGAAAUUUCUUCAGAUGAGAAAUCCUAACUUGGAAGUUGAAGAUGGCUUUAUCAGAGACUUCUGGGAAGCAGCAUUUGAAUGUGUUUUCCCUCAUCCAUCGCUAGAGAAAGCACACAAGAAACGUUGCACUGGGGAAGAGAAGCUUGAGGAACUUCCUGUGUCUGUUUUUGAAAUGAGGACAAGUAGCCACAGCUAUGCUGUCUACAAUGCUCUAUAUGCUCUUGCACAUGCUCUGAAUGCUAUGCAUCACCACACAAUAAAAUACAGAGCAAUGGUGGAAGAAGAGAAAGGGGAUUUCCUAAAUCUACACUCCUGGCAGCUCCACAACAUUCUGAGAAGAGUCUCUUUUAACAAUAGUGUUGGGGGGAAAGUUUCUCUUGACCAAAAUGGGGAAUUAAUUACUGGAUUUGAUAUAAUCAAUUGGGUUGUGUUGCCAAAUGAGUCUUUUAUUAGAGUCAAAGUUGGAGCAAUGGACACACAGGUUGCCCCUGAAGAAGGCUUCAGCUUGGAUUAUGAUGCCAUUGUGUGGCCCAACAGGUUCAACCAGUCACGACCUGCUUCUCUGUGCAAUCAGAACUGCCACUUUGGUUAUAGUCGUGCCAAAAAGGAAGGGAAGCCAUCUUGCUGCUAUGAUUGUCUCCCAUGUUCAGAAGGAAAGAUUUCCAACAAGGAAGACAUGGAUGACUGUUUUCAAUGUCCACAAGAUCAUUAUCCGAACAACGCCCAGGAUGGAUGCCUUCCCAAGAAAAUAACCUUCUUGUCUUAUGAAGAACCCAUGGGGAUCAGUUUGGCCAUUUUUGCCCUCUCCUUUUCUAUCACCACUGCUUGGGUGCUUUGGAUCUUUGUCAAGCACCAGGACACUGCCAUAGUCAAAGCCAACAACCGGAGCCUCACCUACACUCUCCUCAUCUCCCUCCUGCUCUCCUUCCUUUGUGCUUUGCUAUUCAUUGGCCAGCCUGAGAAGGUGACAUGCCUCAUUCGACAAAUUGCCUUCGGCAUGAUCUUCUCAUUGGUAGUUUCUUGCAUAUUGGCCAAAACCACCCUUGUGACUCUCGCUUUCAUGGCCACAAGACCAGGGUCUAAAUAUAGAACAUGGGUUGGGGGGAAAUUGUCCAAUUCCAUUAUCCUUUCCUGCACCCUUACUCAAUCUGCAAUUUGUUGUGUGUGGUUGGCAACCUCUCCCCCAUUCCCAGAUCUUGACAUGCAUUCAGUGACUACAGAAAUUUUACUGGAAUGUAAUGAAGGAUCAACUGUCAUGUUUUACUGUGUCCUGGGUUUCACGAGUUUACUGGCCUUUGCCAGUUUCGUUGUGGCUUUCCUAGCCAGGAAGCUCCCUGACAGUUUCAAUGAAGCCAAAUUCAUCACCUUCAGCAUGUUGGUCUUUUGCAGUGUGUGGCUCUCCUUUGUUCUAACCUACUUGAGCACCAAGGGGAAAUACAUGGUGGCUGUGGAGGUCUUCUCCAUCUUGGCGUCUGGUGCUGGCUUACUGGGCUGCAUCUUUUCCCCUAAAUGCUAUGUUAUUUUACUGAGGCCUGAGUUGAACAAAAGGCAGGUGUUAAUAAGAAGAGAAAAUCCAAGAAUCAACUAG